AUGGACCUUCCUACACGCGCGGGAAGACAGAGCGCAUUCGCCCCCAAGGCACGCACGGGAUGUCUUACAUGUAAAAAGAGACACAAGAAGUGUGGCGAGGAAAAGCCGACAUGCUUGCGUUGCAAGUCAGGUGGCUACGUUUGCGAUGGCUACGAGACUAAGAAACCAGCACCGUCUGUCAAGUCGCGUACUGGUCCUCUUCCCCUGCUAGCAGCGAAGCGCCCUUUGGUGGCCAAUACUAUCAGAAGGCCAUUGAUCCAAGCAAACACAAUGGAAUGCAAUUACUACACUUACUUCUUCUCGGACAUCAUCGGCCAUCUCGAAAUCUCUCCUUCACUAAACAGGGAAUUUUGGAACAAAACCAUUCUAGCGCCUAGCCAAAGUAGCAUCUGCAUCAGGCAUGCGGUCUUAGCGCUUGGAGCGACAUAUCACCAAUACGCUGCUGGAACUGUACAACCAUCGACAGUGUCUAUUGACCGUUUCAUCCUGUGGCAUUACAAUGAAUCCAUAUCCAAGCUUGCAAGCAGUCACGACGAAGAAGCAGAUAUUUAUACAAUACUGACUUGCUGUAUUUUAUUUAUCAUUCUUGAAUGUCUCCGUGGCGAUUUUGAAGAGGCAAUCCGACAUCUCGAGUCCGGCAUAAAGAUUCUGUCAAACCAUACACCCAAGAUGUACCUACCAAAUGGCCAAGUUCAAGAGCUUGCAACAAUAUUCCACGCCAUCAGCUCUCAAGUUGCCAUAUUUGCCGAAGAUCGCAUCUUUCCCGACGUGACGCAUCUCCUGAUGCCACCGAAAAGGAUAAAGAAAGGGAUUCAAGGUGAAUUUCGCGACCUUGACGAAGCCGAAGAUGUCAUGAACAAGUUUGACGAUGUGAUUAACGAGAUUAGCUGGGAUAUGGAACAAGACUGGGACAAUGAGGAUUCGGAAUGUGUUAUACGAUGGGUAAAGCUGCGCGAGGAGGUGCGAGAUUGGAAAACCCAGUUCGACGUUCUCAUAAACAAACCUGCAAGAAAAGGUCAAAAGGAAGUUCACGUCGAGAGAAUACUCAAUCUGAGAAUCCAGCACAAAUUAUGGGAGGUACUGCUCGACGGCGAAUACAACGAAGACGAAGCAGACAUCGACCCGACAGAGUGCAACCUCCUCCUUGAUCAAGUCGAGCAACUCUGGUGCAAUCCCGCGAAUCCCCGAUUCGGCCUCAAGAUUGAUCUAACAGCUGCAUUGUAUCAGCUCUACGUUUAUUGCACCGACGACCAAGUACGCAAGCGUAUCAUUGGACUGUUGCGCUCACAAAAAAGGAGGGAGAUCAUAUGGGACAGUGGCGAUCUUGCGGAUUUUCUGGAGAAGGACAUGUGGCAAAGAGCUAUUGGUCUUCAGACGGAACGAUGGCCCGAUAUUGGACCUUCGAAAGAUGAGGGUGCUUUGUUGGUCCUCAGACCGAGGAUACAAAAGUUGGUGUGA